AUGGGACUAGAUGAAGAUGAAGAUUUUGAAGGUGAUCAGAAUAAAUCAAAGAUGGGGCGAAAAAAGGCAGCAUAUUCUGGAGGCUUAGUUUUGGAUCCAAAAAUUGGCUUUUAUGAUAAGUUCAUUCUGCUUCUCGAUUUCAAUAGCCUGUACCCUUCAAUUAUCCAAGAGUUUAAUAUAUGUUUCACGACAGUUCAUAGGAUGACUUCUAAUAUGCAAAAAAAGACAGAGGAUGGAGAACAAGAAGAAAUUCCAGAAUUACCAGAUCGAUCCCUAGAAAUGGGAAUUUUGCCUAAAGAGAUCAGGAAGCUAGUUGAGCGAAGGCGUCAGGUGAAGCAGUUGAUGAAACAAUCAGACUUAAAUUCUGACCUCUACUUACAGUAUGAUAUCAGGCAGAAGGCUUUGAAGCUAACAGCAAACAGCAUGUAUGGUUGCCUUGGAUUUUCCUACAGCAGAUUCUAUGCAAAGCCUCUAGCUGCUUUGGUGACGUUCAAAGGAAGAGAGAUUUUGAUGCAUACUAAGGAGAUGGUACAGAAGAUGAACCUGGAAGUAAUUUAUGGUGAUACUGACUCCAUUAUGAUAAAUACAAACAUUAGCAACCUGGAAGAGGUCUUUAAAUUGGGGAAUAAGAUUAAAAGUGAAGUGAACAAACUGUACAAAUUGCUGGAGAUAGAUAUUGAUGGAGUCUUCAAGUCCCUUUUGCUGCUGAAAAAGAAGAAAUAUGCUGCUUUAGUUGUAGAGCCAACAGGAAAUGGAAACUACAUUACCAAGCAAGAACUUAAAGGACUAGACAUAGUGAGAAGAGACUGGUGUGACCUUGCAAAAGAAACUGGAAAUUAUAUAAUUGGCCAGAUUCUUUCUGAUCAGUCCCGAGACGUAAUUGUUGAAAACAUCCAAAGGAAAUUAAUCCAAAUUAGAGAAAAUGUGGUAAAUGGAAGUGUGCCAAUAAAACAAUUUGAAAUCAACAAGGCAUUAACAAAGGAUCCCCAGGAUUACCCUGACAAAAAAAGCCUACCACAUGUGCAUGUUGCCCUAUGGAUAAACUCUCAAGAGGGUAGAAAAUUAAAAUCUGGUGACACUGUAUCUUAUGUUAUCUGUCAGGAUGGAUCAAAUCUUAGUGCCAGUCAGAGAGCGUAUGCUCCAGAACAGUUGAGCAAACAAGAAAAUCUUGUUAUUGAUACUCAGUAUUAUCUGUCACAACAAAUUCACCCAGUUGUGGCUCGUAUCUGUGAACCCAUAAAUGGAAUUGACUCUGUCCUUAUUGCAUCUUGGUUAGGGCUGGAUCCCUCACAGUUCAAAGUCUAUCACCAUUAUCAUAAAGAUGAGGAGAAUGAUGCCUUGCUUGGCGGCCCAGUUCAGCUCACUGAUGAAGAGAAAUAUAAAGACUGUGAAAGAUUCACAUUUGCCUGCCCAAAAUGUGGGACAGAGAACAUUUAUGACAAUGUCUUUGAUGGUUCGGGUCUUCUGAUAGAAGCCAGUUUGCUACAGUGCAGCAAAAAAGAAUGUGAUGAAUCCCCUCUAAAAUAUAUAACACAAAUUAAUAACAAGCUAAUCCUGGAUAUACGGCAUUACAUAAGAAAGUACUACAGUGGUUGGUUGAUAUGUGAAGAGCAGACAUGCCAAAAUCGUAUGCGUCGACUUCCACAUCGCUUUUCCCGAAAUGGUCCUCUCUGUCCUGCCUGUAGGAAGGCUGUUCUUAGACAAGAGUAUUCUGACAAGGCCCUAUACACCCAGCUGUGCUUUUACCGGUACAUUUUUGAUCUGGACUAUGCAAUGGAAAAACUUAGUGAUCAAGAGAAAGAUUGUGUGAAGAGCAGGAAACAGUCAAAUUUCAAGGACAUAGAGCUGGAUUACAAAAAACUGAAGAGUACAGUAGACAAAUGGUUGUCCAUGAGCAGCUACUCUGAAGUGAACCUCAGCAAACUCUUUCAGACAUUCAGUGCAGUAAAACCUGUGGGAGAUCACAGUAGUUAAAUGCUAGGGUUAGGUAGAAUGUGGACAAAAUGCUUUUGUGGACUCCUUUCUAAGAAAACAUUUUCCUCUUUUUUUUAAGCUUUCCAUCUUCUAUUUCACACAAUGUUGUACGCUGUUUAAAAACAGUUUAUUUAAUUAUGAAAACCAUAAAACAAAAACAAUGUUAUAAAUCAACAUAUAGCGGGCACCUGUACAGUGUGCGUGUGUGCACAAACGUGUGUGUGUGAGUGUGUGCAUGCACACACAUACAGUAUAUCCAGAUCUUAGUAUAUUCAAACCUAGGAGGGAAUAAAGGGGUGGAGAAAGAGCUCCUUUAAUUGAAUAAUUCCCAGUGAGAGUUGCUGGAAUGUAAGUGAUCCUAGACUUUGCUCCAGGGUAUUUAGUAGAGGUGCUCUCAGGAAAAGAGGUUAGUGGAGGUCUCAGUAGGAGCACUAAUGUUUUCUCUUUUCACAGUUUAUCUGCUUUGUGAUCACAGACACAGCAGUUAAAGACAAUACUAAAACUAAAUACUUUCUAAUACCUACAUUUAUUCUAAUGUGGUUUCUAUUUCUGAAAUUGUUCCUUAGUUGUCUUUUCAUCAACUUUUAUUCAUUCAAACUAUAUUGUAUUGUAAACAUAUGGAGAAACCACAUGGAAAUUAAUCCUGAAGUACCAAUUGACUUCUGUAUAGGGCAAAUAGACAGGCGAGUAUGCAGAAAAUUCUCCAGGCUACGUGUAAAUAUCUAAACGUAAUAUUUUGGUUUCUUGAAAUUCAACAAAAUAAGCAAUGAAACCUAUUGGGAUGAAAGAAAACAACUGAGACAGAGUUUAGCAAAGAAAUAAAAGUAAUUGAUAAUACUGUGGUAAGCAAUUAAAGCUAUGAAGAAGGUUUCAGAGACUUUGUCUAAUCUGUUUAUUGCCAAUAAAACAGUGAUUGGAAAUGGCAAAAGUCAAACUGUGA